GACGCCCACGGCCGCCUGGACCUGGCGCGCGCGCCCGCGCUGGGCGGCAGCUUCGCGGGGCUCGAGCCCAUGGGGCUGCUCUGGGCCCUGGAGCCCGAGCGGCCUUUAUGGCGCCUGGUCAAGCGCGACGUGCGGACGCCCUUCGUGGUGGAGCUGGAGGUGCUGGACGGCCACGAGCCCGACGGCGGGCAGCUGCUGGCGCGGGCGGUGCACGAGCGUCACUUCAUGGCUCCCGGGGUGCGGCGCGUGCCCGUGCGCGAGGGCCGUGUGCGCGCCACGCUCUUCCUGCCCCCAGGAAAUGGACCCUUUCCUGGGAUCAUAGACAUUUUGGGACUUGGAGGUGGCCUUCUGGAGUAUCGGGCUAGUCUGCUGGCUGGGAAGGGUUUUGCUGUCCUGGCUCUGGCUUAUUAUAGCUACGAUGACCUCCCCAAGAGCGUGAAGACCCUUCACCUGGAGUACUUUGAGGAAGCUGUGAACUACCUGCUCAGGCACCCUCAGGUCAAGGGACCAGGGAUUGGCCUGCUGGGGACUUCCAAAGGGGCUCAACUCUGCCUCUCCAUGGCCUCUUUCCUGAAAGGCAUCACGGCUGCUGUCAUAAUCAAUGGCUGUAUGGCCAAUGUUGCUGGAACAUUAUACUAUAAGGAUGAGACCUUGCCCCCUUUGGGCAGUAAUUUAAAUCGAAUCAGGGUGACCAAAGAUGGCCUUAAAGAUACUUUGGAUGUUCUGAACUGCCCUUUAGAAGGACCUGACCAGAAGAGCAUCAUCCCUGUGGAAAGGUCAGAUACAACCUUCCUGUUGAUUAUAGGUCAGGAUGACCAGAGCUGGAAGAGUGAGUUCUAUGCCAAUGAGAUCUCCAAACGCUUGCAGGCCCAUGGGAAGGAGAAGCCCCAGAUUAUCUGCUACCCAAAAGCAGGGCAUUAUAUUGAGCCCCCUUAUUUCCCAUGCUGCCAGUCUACCCUACUUAACGUUUAUAAUGGACCUGUCGUCUUUGGAGGGGAGCCCAGUCCUCAUGCCAUGGCCCAGGUGGAUGCAUGGCAGAAACUCCAGACUUUCUUCCACAAACAUUUGGGUGGUGAAGAGGGGACAAUCCCAGCAAAACUGUGAUUUUCUUUGAGUAGUGACAUUUGUGAUCGCUCCUGAGAAGGGCUGCCACUGUUAGGAUGUGUAUUCAUUUUUUCACCUUUUAAUAAAGUCCUGAAUUUUUCCCCUG